AUGAGAGUUAAUAUGGGAUGUGGGGAGACGAAGCCUUUUAUCCAAGCCAGUGAGGAAUAUCGGGGGCAGUUCUACCCGGAGGCUGAACAAAGUCACUACUCUUUCCCUCCUGGUCCACUCCUUCCAGAUGAUGAACUAAAUAAGUUGCUUUCAAAAGCAAAGAAAGAGGAAGAGAAGGCCGAUGGGGAAGAUGUGCCACUUCCUGAGCAUUACACAGCCAAAGAAAAUGUUCUCAAACCCAUUUUAACAAAAGAUGAUCUCCACAACGUGGAUAGUUUCAAGAAAUUUCUCAAAAGGAAUUGCGUAGACAAACUGCCUACUCAAGCAUAUUCCAAGGAGGAAAUUGAUACGCGUCCCAAGGAGGAUGGAGAAGCAAUGAAAAAGUUCUUAGAAAUUUUUUCCCUCUACAUCUGUGCAGCUUCCUCGGUUGAUUUGCCACGAACUCAGCUGGAGCACUCGGAAUUGGCAGAAAAGCAAAUGCAGAAAACAUUGAUUUUUUUGACUCCAGAGCAGAAGAAGCACAUAGAUGAUGAUGAAUCAUGGCUCCUCCUCAUUGGAGGAGGAUCAGGGACAGGAAAGACAAUUGUCGUGAAAGAGAGAGCAAAGCGACUAGCAAAGGACGCUGAUGUGGAAGUAUUGGUGGUGAAUCUUCCAGGGGGAGGUCUUACAGACUAUUUCAAGCAUGAAUUUCAAGAACUGAAUGGCAUCCGGGUGUUGGAUGGAAGGGAUAAGGGAAUUCCAGAAGACCGCGAGGGAAUAUUCGCCUUCCUGCAGAAAGAAGGAAAGAACAAACAUAUUCUGCUUGACGAAGUCCCCCUCACUUUAGGAAUUCAAGAUAAACUCGAUGAGGAAAGCCUCUCUGUGCAUUGGAAAGAGAUUUCCAAAUUAGAGGGGAGCGUAAAGAGCCUUACAUUCGCAUUCCGUCCGAAUGAUGCCACAUACACGAAGGACAUCAAUCUCGAAGAUAUCAAUAUCUCAGGUGUCAGGAUGAAAGUCCUGAACAUCGUGAAGAGAAACACACGCUGCGUGUCAGAGUUAUUCUUGGCUCUUGGGAACUACUCGCGUCGCAUCUUUGUUUGCGAGGAGCCUACCAUCCGGGAUAUGGACUUGCAUCACUCAAAAAACCAAUCGUUGCCCACUUUGUUUCCCAUUUCCUCAUGUCGCACUAUCCAUGCUUCAUGCAAGAACAAAUCAACUUGCGCGGCUAUCAGAUCCGCCAAGGCCGUAAUCACUGUCCUGAAGUGCAAUGAAAUUGCUCCAGAGAAGCAACUAUACGCAAUAGUGGAUAGCAUGGAUCGACGAAAUCGUCUGGUUUAUAUCCUAGCAAGUGUAUUCAGAAUUGAGGCUAAAUUUCUUGACUCACGAGGAAGGUUACUAACAAAGCAAGGAAACCCUUCAAAAAUUAUCGUAGUGACGGACGAUCAGAUUCUGGGAUACCACGGAAAAGAUAUAAUGAUCAUCAUUGAUUUUUCCGAGUGCAAAUGGAAGAAUUACCUCCGCUUGAUAUCCUCCGGCCAUGAUAAUGUUAUCAUCGUCAUAGAGGAAGAAGAGUUGCAAAUGGGGAAAUACUUUCAGAUGAGUGUGGCUCUAUCUGAUCCAAUGGACAAUAUGUCAAAUUCAUUGAAGAAUAAGAUUGUGCCAGAUUCAACGAAGGAAAAAUUCCAAGAAGGAUUAACUGAGCUCUUGAAAAUGGAUUUGAAGCUGGAAAAAGAAUUGUCUCCCAAGGACAUCAUCGACCAUGAUCUAGUCGACGGGGCAAGGCGGAAGAAAUACUCGAGCAUUCACAUAUGUGUCGACGAUUACUCCAUUCAAGGUGUUAACACAGAGGAAGAGAAAAAGAAGUGGGAGAGAGUCUUGGAUAACUUGGAUUCGAAGUUAAAGUUAACCAUCGUCUUGAAAUCGCACUCCAAACGCGGGCGAGAGAUCUCUAUAGAGGAAUUAAGUUCUUUUUUCAAGAAUCGAAAGGUGAAAGUGACCAGACUCUCAAAAUUUCCAUUACAUUCCAGCUUCACCAGCUCCUCGCUCCUGAAUCACAUAUAUAAGAAUGAGGUCCACACCCCUUUGCGUUUAGAUGCCAAAAAUCUUCCCACCGCCUCCCGUCCAGUGUUGACGGGGAUUGGAGACCUGAGAACAGCAAAUGGGGAGGUUCAUGUGCUGGUCCCAGAUGAGAAACUGAUGACAUUUCUAGACUGGUUCAGUUCAUGCUCUUUCUCAGACCAGAAAAUCAGGGAUAAGCAAUUGAAGUUUGUUCACCCGAAAGACUUUCGAGGAUGCGAAUCCAGUGUCUCCAUAACCGUGAACGUGGAUGAUCGUUGGCUUCUGGAGAGCAUGUCCAGAUCCCGAACGGAUCUCUUCAUCAUUGACUUCCUACCAGAUCAUCAGCCGACUAGUACCACGCAGGAAGAGAAAGAGAACUGGGAGAAAGUGCUUGGUAACUUGGAUCCCAAGUUAACAUGGACCAUCGUCUUCAGUUCGCACUCAAAACGCGGGCGAGAGAUCUCUAUGAAGGAAUUGGGAUCUUUCUUCCAGAGUCAGGGGGUGAAAAAAAUCAGGGAUAAGCAAUUGAAGUUUGUUCACCCGAAAGACUUUCGAGGAUGUGAAUCCAGUGUCUCCAUAACCGUGAACGUGGAUGAUCGUUGGCUUCUGGAGAGCAUGUCCAGAUCCCGAACGGAUCUCUUCAUCAUUGACUUCCUACCAGAUCAUCAGCCGGUUUGGCAGACGAUGAAAGAAGAGGGUCUCCUGGAGAUUCUAGAAGUGGAUAAGGCGAAUGAAGAGGACAUUGACGAACAUAUCCUCCUCGAGAUGGAUUGCUUCGGAAACUUCCUGUAG